AACAAAAAUCCCCCGAAAAAGUCAGAUCGCUCGUAGAAAAUUAACUUUUUCACGCAAAAAAUGCCAAAAAUCUCUCAAGAAUGAGUCAAAUUGAUGUCGAACCGAGCGAAAGUAUAGCCAGAAAAAAGAAGCGAUACAACUCGAACAGCGAAAACAACGCAAUGUGGGAAACGGUCGACGACGAAGACGGAAAUCCGGUGAAAAAAUCCGCCAACACGGAAAACAAAUCCGCGGAAACGGAGGAAAACAAGACAGAAAACAAGCGAAUGUCAUCAGCGGCGACAGUUCGCAGUCCAUUGGCACCUGUUGAAAAUCGCGGCGCGCAAAAUAACAACAACAACAACAACAAUAGCGCCGACGAUGACUUGGAAAAUACUUUGCUGGCGAAAAAUGAGGAAUUUUUCGUGUAUCGACGCGAUCGCCCAGUUUUCAUUCCUGCCAUUGAUCCGUUCUCGCAGCUCUCGGACGAGAUGAUUUUGCACAUUUUCAAGUGGUUGCCGAAGAAAACGUUGAUCCGGUGUUGCUUCGUGUCGCAUCGCUUCAAUAAAAUUGUGCACACGGACAUUUUAUGGACUCGUCUCGACCUUGGAGGCAGAUGUUUGAAGGCCGGAGCUCUUGGAAAUGUGAUUUCGCGCGGCGUUGUGAUCUUGCGACUUGCUUCAACGGGCAUUCCUGACCCGAUUUUCGACGGAGACUUGUCGGAUUGGGAUUCGUACGAGUCAAAAUUGCAAUAUCUUGAUCUCAGUAUGGCAACAAUUUCGACAGCGGGCUUGGAAUUGCUGCUCUCCAAGUGUCGCAAACUGAAAAAGCUGAGUUUGGAGCAUGUUCGCGUCACGGAUGGCGUUUGUGAUGAAAUUGCGGCAAACAGUGAUAUUGACUCGCUCAACAUGACGAUGUGCGAAGGGGUGUCGGCAACGGGAAUUUAUGCCAUUUCCGCCAAAUUGAGGAAUUUGCGAUGCCUUAAUAUCUGUUGGACGAACUUGACAACGGGCGCAUUGGAGGUUUUUGUGAAAAAUGUGACGCCUGAUUUGCUGCGAUUGAAUAUUGCCGGGUGUCGGAACACCAUGACUGAUGCGAUUUUGAAGCAACUUGUAAGGCAGUGCCCGAAUUUGGUUGAACUCGAUGUCUCGGAUUGCCCUAAAUUGACCACCGAAGGACUCAAGUGCUUGGGAAGUCUCAAGUCGCUGGAAUAUUUGUCGAUUGCGCGUUGUUACAUUGUUGACGUAACAGCUUUCUUAAAUCAUCACUUGAAACAAUCACCCGCACUGGCCUACCUCGAUGUCUUUGGCUUACUUCGCGAAGAAAGUCUCGAAAUACUCUCCUCGACCUUUUCUGGCAUCGGAUUCAACAAAUUCAUCUACAGCAGUGUGGCAAGACCCACUGUCGGAACGCGUCGUACCUCAAUUUGGGGUUUCCGUACACGUGAUUAACUCUCGUCACUAUUGAAUAGAUAUUAAAUUUCAUACAGAAAAACACCACGUAAAUUUAAAAUUAAUGAUUUAUUAAAUAAUAUUAACUUUCGGUGUAAAAAUACUACUAAUCGGUUAAAAUAUUAAAAUAAAACAAAGAAAAACAAA